AUAAUCUGGCCCUGUAUGACCCCUCCAGUUGAGCCAACAUUGUUCCUUCUUCCUUCAGUUGUUCCAGAGUCCAAAACAUGUCUCUAUAAAAAGCUUAAUGGUUUGCUUCCUAGUACUAGUGGUUCCUUCACGAAAUUCCUUCUCAUAACUCAGAAUAAGGUGCAGUCUGUGCCAUCAAAAUCAAAGAUGGCAAGUCCUAGUUCUGCAGAAGGUGCUCAUCGGAUUUCCCCUGACAAGGUCAAGCUGAUCACCGUCCUGAGCAUCGACGGUGGCGGCGUGAGAGGGAUCAUCCCAGCCACCAUCCUCGCCUUUCUCGAAGAAAAGCUCCAAGAACUGGACGGGCCCGAUGCACGGAUCGCGGACUACUUCGACGUAGUUGCCGGCACGAGCACCGGCGGACUCUUGACGGCGAUGCUCACAGCCCCGGACAAGAAGAAACGUCCAUUGUUCGCCGCCAAGGACCUGGCGCAGUUCUACAUCGAUCACGCGCCCAAAAUCUUCCCACAGAAGAACUUCAUCCUGUCCAAGAUCAUCAGCACGCUGAGGAUGGUGAGGGGGCCAAAGUACGACGGCAAGUACCUCCACUCGCUGCUUCGUCAGUACCUUGGCGACCUGACGCUGGACAAGACGCUGACAAACGUGGUCAUCCCUACCUUCGACAUCGCCUACCUGCAACCCUCGAUUUUCUCGAGCUUUGAGCACCGGCAGUCGAAGAAUGCGCUCCUCUCGGACAUCUCGAUCAGCACCUCCGCCGCUCCGACCUUCUUCCCGGCGCACUACUUCGAGACGAAAGACGAGAACGGCAGGGUUAGGGCCUUCAACCUCGUCGACGGUGGCCUUGCCGCGAACAACCCCACGCUAUGCGCGAUGAGCCAGGUGUCCAAGGACAUCAUCCUGGGGAACGAAGACUUUUUCCCCGUGAAGCCGGUGGACUACGGCAAGUGCAUGGUGAUCUCCAUCGGCUGCGGGUCGAACCGGAACCGCAGGUACAGCGCCAAAGCUGCCGCCAAGUGGGGCAUCUUCAACUGGCUCAUCAAGGACGGCAAUGCUCCCAUCAUCGACAUGUUCAACUCCGCCAGCGCUGAUAUGGUCGACAUCCACCUCUGCGUCCUCUUCAGGGCCCUGCGCUCCAGACAAAACUACCUUCGCAUUCAGUAUGAUCAAUUGACGGGCAGCGCGGGCUCCAUCGAUGACUGCUCGAAGGAGAACAUGGAUAAGCUGGUGAAGAUUGGGAACGAGCUUCUCGGCAAGAACGUCUCCCGGGUGGACCUGGAUACCGGCCGGAACGUGGACGUGCCCGGCGAGGGCACCAACGCCGAGCGGCUCGCCAAGUUCGCAAAGCAGCUCUCCGAUGAGCGACGCCGGCGUCAGAAGCAGCUUCCAAAGUAGUAUUUCAUGUUAAGUUCGAUGACACUUGAACUACCGAUGAUGUGGGUUUACAAUGUUAUCUAGCCGUUCGCUUUCCAAGCUUUGGCAUAUGCAUUAAUUUCCUCGUGUUAUUGUCUUUUUUCUCCUCUCUUUUUUUCCUGAAGAAAGGGCAAGCCUCCUCUUA